UCACUUCCCGUCGCCGGCGCCGGCUCCUCUCGCGACAUGACGUCCGGCGCAGAGCCGCGGGUGCGGCGGCCGGGAGUCGGGAUAGGAGUAGUGGUGACCAGCUGCAGGCAUCCUCGCUGCGUCCUCCUGGGGAAGAGGAAAGGGUCGUUUGGAGCCGGCAGUUUCCAACUUCCCGGGGGCCACUUGGAGUUCGGUGAAAGCUGGGAAGAAUGCGCUCAAAGGGAAACCCUGGAAGAAGCAGCUCUUCACCUGAAAAAUGUUCGCUUUGCCUCGGUUGUGAAUUCUUUCAUUGAGGGAGAGAACUACCAUUAUGUCACCGUAUUGAUGAAAGGAGAGGUGGACACCACUCAUGAUUCAGAGCCAAAGAAUGUGGAGCCUGAAAAAAACGAAAGUUGGGAAUGGGUUCCUUGGGAAGAUUUUCCUCCCCUGGACCAGCUUUUCUGGGGACUACGUUGUUUAAAGGAACAAGGCUACGAUCCAUUUAAAGAAGAUUUGGAUCAUCUGGUAGGAUACAAAGGCAAUCACCUAGAGGUGAACAAGAAGAUUCCUUAAUUUUUUUUUUUCUCAUAAAAGGCAAAAUAAGGUCCUGUUAGGGAAUGAAAAAAUCUACAUUUAAGAAUAACUUCAUUUUAUUUAAAAAGCCCCAUAUGAGUGUCUGUUGAGUUGCAGUCUCUUAAUAGACCCAGCACCCUUUCAGCCAGUACUUGUGAACAAUUUUCAGGGAUUGUGUCAUGACUUGUAUUUCAGACUCAAAAAAAUGUGAUAAAUGGUGAUAUUGUGGUGAUUCUGCUUUCCGAUUUCUCUUUGAUGUUAACCCUGCUGUUUGUAUUACCAGUGUGCAUGGAGGAGAGUUCAGUAGAGCUAGGUAUUUCAGUUCAAAUACUAACACAGCAUUGCCAUUCCAGAAUUUACACGUGUGUUGAUUUUCCUCUUGUUUUAUUUAAAAUAAAAAUUUUUGGGAGUUCCCGUC